UCCCACUCAGACCCAACGCAAAAUCAGAAGACAAAAAGCUCAGACUCUGUGAGAGGGUGGUUUUUCCUCUCUCCUCCACCGUAGCCGCUUAGGGUUUCUAUCCCGAUCGGUUGGCCAUAAUGGCGAAUCUUGACGGCGGUUCUGAUCAGGACCAGCAAUGGCUGCUCAAUUGCUUGUCCGCCACUCUCGACCCCAGCCACGAGGUUCGCUCUUUCGCCGAAGCUUCGCUUAAUCAGGCCUCACUUCAACCAGGUUUUGGAAGUGCACUUGCGAAGGUUGCCGCAAACAGAGAGCUUCCGUUGGGAUUGCGUCAGCUAGCUGCUGUCCUUCUUAAGCAGUUUAUUAAGAAACAUUGGCAGGGGGGUGAGGAAUCGUUUGAACAUCCUGUUGUUUCCAGUGAUGAGAAGGCAGUUAUUCGCAGACUGCUAUUGGUUUCACUGGAUGACUCCUAUAGGAAAAUGUGCACAGCUAUUAGUAUGGCAAUUGCAGCAGUUGCAGUUAAUGAUUGGCCGGAAGAGUGGCCUGAGUUGUUGCCAUGUCUCUUGAAGUUAAUUAAUGAUCAGACUAAUAUGAAUGGAGUACAUGGAGCUUUGAGGUGCUUGGCUCUUCUGUCUGGAGACUUGGAUGAUAAAGUGGUGCCCACAUUAGUACCUGUUUUGUUCCCGUGCUUGCUUACUAUUGUAUCAUCGACUCAGGUGUAUGACAAAUAUUUACGGGCAAAAGCACUUUCGAUUGUUUAUUCUUGCACCUCCAUGCUGGGAGUAAUGAGUGGUGUUUAUACGAAGGAAACCAGUGAAUUAAUAGUACCCAUGCUUAAACCAUGGAUGGAUCAGUUCUCUAUCAUCCUAAAUCAUUCAGUCCAACCUGAAGAUCCUGAUGAUUGGAGCAUUAGAAUGGAGGUUUUAAAGUGCUUGAAUCAGUUUGUUCAGAAUUUCCCUAGCCUUACAAGAAGUGAAUUUAUGACAAUUGUGGGACCAUUGUGGCAAACUUUUGUAACAACUCUUAGAGUGAGGUCAUCCAUUGAAGUUACAGAUCUAUACGAGGGAAGAUAUGAUUCAGAUGGUUCAGAGAAAAGCUUCGACUCCUUUAUUAUCCAGUUAUUUGAGUUUUUGUUGACCAUUGUGGGUAGUGCAAAAUUUGCACAGGUUGUUAUGAGCAAUAUUAAAGAGUUGGUGUACUAUACUAUUGCUUUCCUGCAGAUAACCGAACAACAGGUUCAUACGUGGUUAAUGGAUGCAAACCAAUUUGUUGCUGAUGAGGAUGAUGCCACUUAUAGCUCCCGCGUUUCUGGUGCACUUUUGCUGGAAGAAGUGGCGACUGUGGCUGGAAUAGAGGGAAUUAAUGCUAUUGUAGAUGCUGCCAAAGAACGAUUUAUUGAGUCUCAAAGCGAAAAGGCGGCAGGUUCUGCAUUUUGGUGGAGACUAAGGGAGGCUACUUUAUUUGCUUUGGCUUCUGUCUCAGAACAACUGCUUGAAGCAGAGGGUUCAGGAAUGAUUAGCGUUAGCUUAAGGGACCUUCUGGAACAAAUAAUCACUGAAGAUAGUGGAUCAGGAGUACACGAGUAUCCCUUUCUUUAUGCACGUAUAUUUACAUCAGUUGCCAAGUUCUCCUCUUUGAUCAGCCGUAAUGUUUUUGAGCACUUUCUUGUUGCUGCUAUCACAGCAAUUGGCAUUGAUCUUCCCCCUCCGGUGAAGGUAGGUGCCUGCAGGGCACUUUCUCAACUCCUACCUGAAGCAAACAAAGGAAUUAUACAAUCCCAAAUGAUGAGUUUAUUUUCAUCACUUACAGAUCUGCUUAACCAGGCAUCAGAUGAAACCUUGCUCCUGGUACUUGAAACACUACAAGCAGCAAUUAAGGCUGGUCAUGAAUUAUCGGCAUCAAUAGAGCCUAUUAUCUCCCCUGUGAUCCUUAAUAUGUGGGUAUCACAUGUUUCAGACCCUUUUAUCAGUAUUGACGCAAUUGAGGUUCUGGAGGCACUCAAAAAUGCUCCCGGUUGUAUACAUCCGCUUGUUUCCCGGAUUUUACCAUACCUUGGGCCAAUCUUGAAUACACCCAAGCAGCAGCCUGAUGGAUUAGUAGCUGGGUCAAUGGAUCUUUUGACAAUGUUAUUAAAGAAAUCUCCUACUGAUGUUAUAAAAGCAGUAUAUGAUGUUUGUUUUGAUGCUGUUAUUCGAAUAAUCCUUCAAAGUGAUGAUCAUGGUGAAAUGCAGAAUGCAACAGAAUGUUUAGCAGCUUUGAUCUCUGGGGGAAGACAAGAUAUACUUUCUUGGGGUGACUCUGGAUUUUUAAUGAGAAGUUUACUUGAUGUGGCUUCGAGACUUCUAGAUCCUGAUUUGGAAAGCUCUGGAUCUCUAUUUGUUGGGAGCUACAUCUUGCAACUUAUAUUACAUUUGCCAUCACAAAUGCUGCCACAUAUACGCGACUUGGCUGCUGCUCUUAUUAGGCGCAUGCAAUCCGUUCAAAUAGCAGGGUUAAAAAGCUCAUUGAUAGUCAUAUUUGCUCGAUUGGCUCACUUGAGUGCACCAAAUGUUGAACAAUUUAUUGAUUUACUGAUCAGCAUCCCAGCUGAAGGUCAUGAUAACUCAUUUGUUUAUUUAAUGUCGGAGUGGACUAAGCAGCAAGGAGAGAUUCAUGGGGCUUACCAAAUUAAAGUGACUACUAGUGCUUUGGCUUUAUUGCUAUCCACGAGGCAUGCUGAACUAGCAAAAAUUAAUGUUCUGGGAAACAUAAUUAAGGCUGCUGCAGGGAUAACUACUCGCUCUAAAGCUAAAUUGGCACCAGAUCAGUGGACGGUUAUCCCACUUCCGGCAAAGAUACUGGCUUUGUUGGCAGAUGCGUUGGUUGAAAUCCAAGAACAGGUCUUGGCUGAUGAUGAUGAGGACAGUGACUGGGAAGAAGUUCAGGCCGAGGAUGUCGAAGCUGAAAAAGACUUGUUGUAUUCAGUAGGGGUGACAUCAUCUGGCAGACCUACGCACGAACACCUUGAAGCGAUGGCUAAAGUCUUUGAUGAGGAUCAAGAAGAUGGUUAUGAAGAUGACCUAUUAAGUGCAUCCGAUCCUCUUAAUCAGAUAAAUCUUGCAAACUAUCUUGCGGAUUUCUUCUUAAAAUUUUCUCAGUGCGAUGGACAACUGCUUGAUCAACUAUGUCAGAGCCUGACUCAGACUCAGCGGAUUGCUAUUCAAAUGGUUCUGAGGCGCUGAGUUUGUGUAUUAUAUUAUUAUUAUUUUUUGGCUGUGGGGACUUUACAUUGUGUAUUAUUUGUAAUUCAAUUAAUUGUUUGUAAAUGUUGUUAAAAUGCGAGUAGUUGAGUCAGACUUGGUCGGCGUGUCGUCAAUGAUCGGGAAUAAGUCGUAAGAUAAGAUUGAUCUUUUUUUUUUUUUUGAU